AUGGCAACAGUCGCGUUCACGAACCCCCCGGCUCCUGGGGCUGUGGGUGAUUUCACGUCUGACCCCGUCUACGAGUACGGGACGCCGGUUUUCGUUCAGUGGAACGGCAACGCUUCGUCCUUGACGUUAUGGCAGUUGCAGCCAGGAGCGGUCGCGCUUUUUGGGUCGCCUGAAUUCCUUAUUGAUGUUACAAAUACAGAGAACUCUUCGGACGUAACACCCUACACAGACUUCAACUGGCUGGUUCAGACGUCGAAGAACUUGACUCUUUCAAAUAGGUUCAUCCUCAGCCUCUUUGAUGUCGGGCAAGCGACUCCGCUAUGUAAUAGCCAUUACUUCGAAAUCAGGCCUAAGAGCGGCUCGCCUGUGAAUGCCACGUCGAGUACAGUAUUGUCGAGCAGCACUCAGACUCCUGUGUCGCCAUCUGGUACGGUCGCGUUAUCAUUGACACCGGCGGCGUCUUCAUCUGCAGCGAGUACCCAGAUCUCGAAUUCAGGCUUGUCUGUUGGAGCGAAGAUAGGCUUUGGUCUCGGCGUGCCUGCAGCAAUCCUGCUUGGACUUGCUUUAGGAUGGUUCUUGCAAGGACUUUGGAGGAGGCGAGGAGAAAAGUCCCCUAUAUCGCCAGUAUCGGAAUCUCAAGGGAAGGUUAAUGAAAUCCCUGAGACUGUUGGAGAUGAAGAGAUGCCUGGGAGCUUUGGCGGGAAGGAGUUGGAUGGAAGUGCUGGAGGCCAGGAGCUGCCUGGUAGUCUCCCGCCACAUUAUGAGCUGGCAGAGUGA